AUGAAUCCGUAUGCUUUUUUGAUUGUUUUGGUGAUUGUUAUACUAUUUAUCACUGUGCUGCCCAUGUUGUCUGGUAUUGGCAAGUUUGGGUUGGGUGAUCAAAAAAUUAAUACUUCGAAGAAAGCCAUGAAAUUUAAUCUAAGAGAGAGUAAAGAGGAAGGAGAUAAGUCGAGUAUAGCAUCAUCCCGUUCUUUUAAUAUUAAGGAUACUUAUGAGGCCGAUGCAAAACAUGGUCUCAAAAAACGAGGUGUAAGUAAGUACACGGGUAAUGAUGACCCAAACCAAUUCGAUUUUGAUGUUGAUGAUUUGAUAAAUGAGGACAGAAAGGAAGAGGAGGCGGCUAUUUAUAAGAGACGCCAAGAAUGUAAUGGGAAGGAACGUGAGACGUACGAAAGUUUUGUCUAG